CCUCUUUCUCCCUCUCUCCGGCGCGCCUCCUCUGCAUCUGCAACAAUGCAGAUCUUCGUCAAAACCCUAACCGGCAAGACCAUAACUCUUGAGGUUGAGUCCUCCGACACUAUCGACAAUGUCAAGGCCAAGAUCCAGGAUAAGGAAGGCAUUCCUCCUGACCAGCAGCGACUCAUCUUCGCCGGGAAGCAGCUCGAGGACGGCCGCACCCUAGCCGACUACAACAUCCAGAAGGAGUCCACUCUUCAUCUUGUUCUCCGGUUGAGGGGUGGGGCUAAGAAGAGAAAGAAGAAGACCUACACCAAGCCAAAGAAGAUCAAGCACAAGAAGAAGAAGGUCAAGCUCGCGGUGCUCCAGUUCUACAAGGUUGAUGAUUCUGGCAAGGUGCAGAGGCUCAGGAAGGAGUGCCCCAACGCCGAGUGCGGUGCUGGGACCUUCAUGGCCAAUCACUUUGACAGGCACUACUGCGGGAAGUGUGGGCUUACCUAUGUCUACCAGAAGGCUGGUGGCGAUUAGAUUUGCUUGAUUUGAUGGUAUCAUAUGAACUUGUUCUAGUUUUGAGUUUUUCUUGGCACUUGUUUAAUUUAGUAUGGAAGUUGUCUGGAUUUUGUUUGAAAUGGCUUCUUAGCAGCUGAACAUUUAAAACUUUGGGUGAUAAAUUAGAUACUGUUAU